AGGGGUGGCAAGAAGGGGCAAGAAUUGCGGUGUCCCAAGAGUUAUAUAGAAUUCACUUGCUAGACAUUUUCUGGAUUAUUUGCAUAAACUCAAACUGAAUUUUCAUUAUUUCUACUUUUUUAUUAUCCUUUUAUUGAUUUCAAUCGUCUAUAAUCAGCUUAAGCGCUAGACCCUUCUUCCACUUACAUCAAAAAUGGGUAAGUUUCGUAAGCAUGGGUCGAAGCACGACCGCGGCACCAAGAAGCGUGGCAAUAAGGGUCCGCGUAAGGACAAGAUCCACGGUCUCAAAGCUGGGUCCAAAGGCGUCGCUGCGCAGUACUUGACUCGUGCUCAAAGUCUCAAAAAACUGCAGUUGUCCCUUGUCGACUUCCGCAGAUUGUGUAUCCUCAAGGGCAUUUAUCCGCGUGAUCCGAAGCGGAAGCCGGCAGGCAAUGACAAGACCUACUAUCAUGUCAAGGACAUCAAGUUUUUGCAGCAUGAACCUUUGUUGUGCAAGUUUGCGGAGUUGAAGGUGUAUAUGAAAAAGUACAAAAAAUGCUUGGGUCGUGGCGACAAGAACUCGGCGAGGAGACUAGAAGACUUGAAACCCGACUACACCCUGCAUCAUUUGGUACAACUUCUAUGAGUACUAUGGAGUGAAUUAAUAUAAGAAUUUAGAUUUAUGCCAGAUUAGGAUUACACGUUGCAUCACUUGGUACAAUUAGGUAGAAUCAUGAUCCAUUCCUAUUUGUCUCAAAGCUGCAUGUUAUCCUAUUUCGUUCCCAAUUCCACUAUAUUCACGCCAGGACUAUGUCAAUAUUCACCACUAUGAAUUAUCACCACUUUUUUACCCCACUACAGGUCCGCGAGCGCUAUCCAACCUUCGUCGAUGCUAUCCGUGAUUUGGACGAUGCUCUUUCCAUGGUCGCUCUGUACGACGCUUUGCCUACUGAUCAGAAACGGGAAAUUCGCUCCGAUGUGAUCCAGGAAUCCGCACGCUUGAUUCACGAGUUUUUCCUCUACAUUAUCCAAACGAAGGCACUCAAGAAGGUCUUCGCCAGUAUCAAGGGCUACUAUUUUCAAGCCUUGAUUGGAGGAGAAACGGUCACGUGGUUGGUGCCGCACAAAUUUGCGCAAGAAUUGCCGGUGGAGGUCGAUUUUCGGGUAAGACUCUAGUGGUCCAUCUCACAUCAAGUAAAUUGAAAUUCGACUAAGAUUCUAGUGAAGGACUCAAUCGAGUAAGACUCUAGUGCAGGACAUCAAGUAAAUUGAAAUUCGUCUCACAACUGAUUAGAGAUAAAAAAGUUUAAGUUUUAUCAACUUCAAAUCCUUAUCCACCCCAUCAUAACUCAGACUCUAGUGAAGGAGUCAAUCUCACAUGAUCAAGUAAAUUGAAAUUCGAAAUUCAUUCUUUCUCAUCUACAACCUGAUUCGUCCCGCUGGUAGUCGAGGAGUUUCCCAAAACUGAUACCAUACAGGUAAUGUCCACAUUCAACGAGUUCUACCGAACCAUGUUGAAGUUCAUCAACUUUAAGCUGUAUGCCGAAGAGCAUUUUGAAUAUCCACCGAAAUUCAACUACAAGAAAAACGCAGCAGAAAUGGCCAAAUUUUACGUGUCGAACACUGUGGAGAAACAGGUAUAAUAUCUGAUAAUAGACAUGCUACAAGUAUAGAAGAUAAAGUCGUUGAUUGGUUAUACCUAUUGAUACUUGUGCAAGAUCUAGAGCCGUUGUGGAUCUUCACUCUUUAAAAGAUAAGAACUUUUCACCCUAUAUCGAUCUGGAAUCGCUUCAUCUUUGAAGCCACAUAAAGAGGCAUUUAACUCUUGAACAAUUGCACAACAGGCCUCCUCAGAAGCUGCCGUUCGCAGAGGAGAGGAAAAAGAGGAGGUCGAAGCUGCAUGCAUUGAGGACUUUGCGGCAGUGUCAGAAGAAGUCCAGCAAUUGCAGGCCCAGAAGAACGCCAAUGCAGGACAGUCUGGAAUUUUCAGUGGGCUAAAGGUCUUCAUCCAGAGGGAAGUGCCUUUUCACUCGAUCUACUUUGUUCUCAAGUGUGGAGGAGCACAGGUAUGACCUCAUGACCGCUACUUGUGGAGGAUUUUUAUGUUCAGGUGAAUCCUACUUGCGAAAUACUAAGAAAUCAUAAUCAUCAUCUUCAUAUCCAAUCUUUUUUAACCCCUGGAGUGAGUACAUUCAUUCAUUCAUUCAUUCAUUCAUUCAUUCAUUCAUAUCUUCCUAUCCAAGAAAUUCAAAUUUCUUUCUAUCUUACGACAGGUUGGUUGGGCCUCGCUUCCCGGCUCCCCCUUCAAGGAGACGGACAGGAGCAUUACCCAUCAGAUUAUCGACCGGCCUUCUUCCCAGUUCCAGAUGGUUGAGGGUCGCGAGUACGUCCAGCCACAAUGGGUCCUAGAUUCUUUCAACGAAAAUCUCCGCUUGCCGAUUGAUCCCUACCUGCCGGAUAGAACUUGCCCACCCCACUUGAGUCCGUUUGUCGAUGACGGUGCUGAGGGCUACACGCCAGAGCGACGAGAGAUGUUGGAUAAACUCAGGGACGAAGGUGCUGGUUCAUCCUCCUCAAGUGGAGCGAAUCAAGGAGCAGCAGCCGCAAAAGGACCCGUGGAUGACGAGGCAGCUGAAACUACCUUCUUGGCAGAGGUUGCGGCAGAAGCUAAGGGAGUGUGGGCAUCAGACUUUGGCUUUGGCAAUGCUGCCGAGGAUGACGAGGCCGAAGAUGACGAGGCCGAAGAUGACGACGGCGAGGAAGGUUCACCUGCAGUAGAUCAGACUGCAACGAAGGAACAAGAAAAGAAUGCUAGUGGAAAGAGUUGUGGUCUCGAAGCAAGGACCACUAGUGGGGAAGCAGAGGCUAGUGCCUCCGACGACGAUAUGGACGCCGCAGAGAGCGAGGAAAAGAAGAAGCCUCUGUCCAAAGCCGAGAAGGUAGCAGCUGAGGAGCUUGAAAGGAGGAAGGCCAUGAUGCCUAAGAAACAUCAAAGACUCUACCAGCGUAUCGAAAAGACCGAGAACAAGAAGAAAGCAGAAGUCGCAAAACUGCAAAAGCGAAGAAAUAAGAAGAAAGCUGCAACGUCUGGCUGAGCCGAAGACACUUCAAGAGGAAGCGUGAUGCCUGUGGGUAUCGCAGCAUCUCAUCAAGGUCGUCACGUCAAAAAUCCACAACCCAUAGUACGCAGCUGCUCGGAGAAAGGACUCAUAUGAGUUUGUGAAAUAGAAGAGACAUUGAGAUCAAACUAUGAAUUACCAGCCUCUACAACGCAAGGUAGGAAGAACACGUGCAUAAGUCCACACAUGAUAAAGUCAGUAAACGACGCGAAAGGUAGAAGAUGCAGUGUUGAGGCAUCAAGCUG